CUCUGCCUAAUUAACCUGCUUAAUUACAUGGACCGCUUCACCGUGGCGGGGGUGCUGCCGGAAGUCGAGGAUUAUUUCGGGAUCGGCGACAGCAGCUCCGGCCUCCUGCAGACAGUGUUCAUCAGCAGUUACCUGGUGCUGGCUCCUCUCUUUGGGUUCCUGGGGGAUCGGCACAGCCGCAAGCGGCUCCUGGCGCUGGGGCUGGGGCUGUGGUCGGGGGUCACCCUGGCCACCAGCUUUGUACCUCCACAGCACUUCGGGGCCCUCCUGGCGGGCCGGGCCCUGGUGGGGGUGGGCGAGGCCGCCUACUCCACGCUGGCCCCCACGCUCGUGGCCGAUCUGUUCCGCGGCCCCGCCCGCAGCCGCGCCCUGGGCGGCUUCUACCUGGCCGUGCCCCUGGGCAGCGGCCUGGGUUACAUCGCGGGGUCAAAGGUCAAGGACCUGGCGGCCGAUUGGCGCUGGGCGCUGCGGGUGACCCCUGUCCUGGGGCUGGUGGCGCUGCUCCUGCUCCUGGCCGUGGUCAGCGACCCCCCCCGGGGCGGCCUGGAGGGGGCGGCGCCCCCCGCGCCCCUCCCCCGCUCCUGGGGGCACGACCUGCGGGAGCUCGGCCGGAACCGCACUCUGGUGCUGUCCACGCUGGGGUUCACGGCCGUGGCCUUCGUGACGGGCGCGCUGGCGCUCUGGGCCCCGGCGUUCCUGUUCCGCGUGCGCCUGGCGCGGGGGGAGGGGCAGCCCUGCCGGGGGGGGCGGCGCUGCCAGGGCGACCAGAGCCUGCUCUUCGGGGCGCUCACCUGCGGCUCGGGCGUGCUGGGGGUGGGGCUGGCGGAGCUCUCGCGCAGGCUCCGCCCCCGCCAGCCCCGGGCGGAUCCAUUGCUGUGCGCGGGGGGGCUCCUGGGGGGGGCGCCCUGCCUGCUGCUGGCGCUGCUGUGCGCGCGGCCCGUUUUCAUCUUCCUGGGGGAGACGCUGCUGUCCCUGAACUGGGCCAUCGUGGCCGACAUCUUACUGUACGUGGUGCCCCCCGCGCGGCGCUCCACGGCCGAGGCGCUGCAGAUCGUGGCCUCGCACCUGCUGGGGGACGCGGGCAGCCCCUACCUGGUGGGACUGGUGAGUGACGCCCUGGGGGGCGGAGCCGCCGCCAUCUCGUACCAGCGCGGGGCCGGGGCGCUGCUGCGGGCGCUGCUGCUGCUGCCGUUCGCCGCCGCCCUGGGCGGAGCCGCCUUCCUGGCCGCCGGCAACACCCUGCCCCGGGACCGGCGGCGGGCCCGGCGGGAGGCCCGCGGGCUGCCCCCGGACGGUGACGACGACGACGAUGACGAAGAUGGCGACGGCGACCCCGCGGCCAUCGUGGUGCCGCCCGCGGCCGGGGGCCGGACACGGCGCGUGCCCGUGGCCCACGUGCUGGCCUGAGGGACCUGAGUGACCGCGAGUGACCACGAGUGACCACUGACCGCCUGGGAGUGACCACGAGUGACCAGUGACCAUCUAGGAGUGGCCACGAGUGACCACGGGCUGGCCUGAGGGACCUGAGUGACCGCGAGUGACCACGAGUGACCACGAGUGACCACUGACCCACUGACCACCUGGGAGUGACCACGAGUGACCAGUGACCAUCUAGGAGUGGCCACGAGUGACCACGGGCUGGCCUGAGUGACCACGAGUGACCACGAGUGACUGCGAGUGACCACUGACCCACUGACCACCUG